AUGGAAUGCAAGAGGAACGUAUCAGAAUUUCUUCUUAUGGGGCUGUCUUCUAAGCAGAACAUUCAAGUGUUUUGCUUUGUGUUCUUCUCACUCUGUUACCUUGCCAUCUUGUGUGGGAAUCUGCUGAUCCUUAUCUCAGUUAGAUGCAGUUCUCUGUUCAACCAACCCAUGUACUAUUUCCUCAGUCAUUUAUCUUUUAUGGACAUUUUUUAUACCUCCUGUGUGACACCCAAAUUGAUUGGAGAUCUGCUAGUGAGAAGAAAAUACAUCUCUUAUACAAAUUGCAUGCUACAGGUCUUUGCCAUGCACUUCUUUGGUAUUAUUGAAGUCUUAAUUUUAACAGCCAUGGCCUUUGACCGUUGUGUGGCCAUCUGCAGGCCUCUCCACUACAUGGUCAUCAUGAGCAGAACCAGAUGCCAUAUCUUGAUCUGGGUUUCUUGGAUUGGUGGGGCUGCACACUCUUUUUCUCAGUUUUGCUUGCUAAUUUGCUUGCCUUUCUGUGGCCCCAAUGAAAUAGACCAUUACUACUGUGACAUUUUCCCUUUGCUAAAAGUUGCUUGUACUGACACCACCAUCGCUGGUGUCCUGGUGGUUGCCAAUUCAGGACUGAUUGCUUUGGUAACCUUUGUUAUCUUGUUUGGUUCAUAUGUGGUUAUACUGUUCACAUUAAGAAAUUACUCUGCAGAAGGAAGACACAAAGCCCUUUCUACCUGUGGAUCCCAUAUUACUGUGGUUAUUUUAUUCUUUGGACCUUCCCUCUUUGCUUACCUUAGACCUCCUACUACUUUUCCUGAGGACAAAAUCUUUGCUCUAUUUUACACCAUCAUUGCUCCUAUGUUCAAUCCCCUCAUAUAUACUUUAAGAAAUUUGGAGAUGAAGAAGGUUAUAAAAAAGGUUUGGUGUCAAAAGAUAUUUUUAGAAGAGAAACAUCGUUAA